GAUUUAAUGACCAAGAUGGCGUCAACGUGCUUCCGUGCGUGCCCGUGGUUUCCGCUUGUGGGCUAGCUCAUCGGUUGCUGCACCCAAGCCAGCGUCGUUUCAAGCCCAUAUUUCCGCGGCAACCACAUCCGCUCAUCCAAAUAACCUCGCCACCCACAGUCAUGCCUUCGAAGGCACCCAAGCUUAUGGCCACUCUGGGUAUCGUGGGCCUGGUCCACGCCGCGAUUUCGGCGGCCCAGCACCGGUCCUACCUGCGGCUCACCGAGCAGGACUUCACGGUGCUGCCGCUGGACAUCAUCUUCCAGAGUGUCCUCUGCCUGCUGAUCACCAUGUACGGCACCAUGUGCAUCGCGGGCGACUUCAAGGAAGUCCGCGCGACAGUCGAGCUGGAGAGCAAGUCUUUCGAGACUUUCGGGAACCGACCGUCGUUCUACAUGUUCUGCCACCGUGGAAGAGCGUUGGCCAGUGAACCUGAACGCGGCAAUACUUCGAUGCGAAUUCGAGAGCGUCGUUAGCUCGGACCCUUGUACUCGGGACAAAUCCCCUGUACCCGGUGCCUUCCCGAGGACCGCGUUUGCGUCGAAAUUUCUCUAAUGCGCCGGACAAACUGCGCCAGCGUGAUGACUUCCUUUUUAAGUGUGCGUUGAAGCAGCACUCCUGGAAGCAAAACGUGCGUUUUCGGGAAGAGCCGCGUCUGCAAAAUGUGCCGUCGGCCGCGCAAAUUAUGCGUCAGAGAGAGAGAUGUUUGGAAAUGUGUGAAGCAGUUUUACGCUGUACGGUAGUCAGCCGUGAAUGGCUUGGUGCUGCUACGAUGUCGAGGUGAUACAUUUGCACGCCUGGGGUGUGGGACGAGUUGUGUCGUUUGUACAACAUAGCACCUCAGUUUUCUUGAUUCCAUAUUAAAGCACUUCACUACUA